AUCCGAAUUCAUUUUGAGACCAAUUCGAUCGCCCUAAUAACUGUUUCGGAUUUCGCGCACCAAUUUCGAAUCCUCCCGAGAUGCGCUCUGCGGCUGCGAUCAUAUCCUACCGCCGCUUCUCAGAGAUUUCUCUGCCCAAUUUCACUCUCCCUUUCCUCCGUUUCCGCGCUCUGCUUUCAUUCUAUUGGAAAUGGCAUCCCGUCUCCGGCUCGGUCAUCAAGAGGAGUUGGGAUCUGGCGGGAAGAUUCUCCACGGCCGGCUCCAUCUGCAGCCGUUCGCGCCCUACAACCGGCCGUCGACUUCUGCGGCGCCAUUGGCGCUACCGGCGCCAGAACUGGAGGGCCGAACAAGCCCUAGCUGGUUUCGGGGCCUCAUCUCCGGUGCAGGGAAGCUGAUCUCGUCCGUCCUUGGUUCCGAGGGAAGCGGCUCGUCUCCUUCGGAGUGCUCGUCUGAUUGUUCCUCAUCCGACGAGGAUUCCGAUUCCUAUUCCAAUGAACAUGAUGAUCAUUUGCUUGUUGAUGGUUUAACUGUCAAGAAGAGAGAAAGUGCAGUAGAUGGAAAUAUGGAGUCGCUAGCUAUUGUUUCCAAAAGUGAAUCAAAGCUUCUUAUUGAGCAGUUGCUUAUGCAGGAAACCUUUACGAGAGCUGAGUACAGUAAACUUUUGGGGAUUCUUCAAUCACGGGUACUUGACAUCCCAUCUGCUGAAGGUGGCGAGGGUACUCAGAAUGAGGUUCCUAAAAGGGUUUCUGACAAAAGGCCAUGGCAGCCUUUGAACCAGAACAGGAAUAUAUCUACAACCCCCAAUUUUUCUCCCGGUAAUAUAUCUAUCUUUUCACCUAGAUAUUAUGCAAGUGAAGCAGUUUCUCCUGAUCUUCGCAACAAAGCUGUCAUGGAAGCAAAGAAAUGGUUUGAAGAGAAAAGGUUGUCAGCUAGUCCUGUAUGUGAUCCAGAAUGUGGACCUUGCAUCUUAAACACUGAUAUGAAUCAACAUUAUUCUGAUGGUGAUGAUGGCUCACCAAUUGAGAUGGCUAAGGCAUACAUGCAAUCCUUGCCACCAUGGAGGUCUCCAUCCUUCAGCACCGUGGGUUUAAAAAAUCCACCUUCAAGUGGGAAGCUGUCUUGCAGUGUUGAUACUCAUUUGUUACGGCCUUCAAAGGUUAAAAAAAGGAAUUAUGUUUCAAUUUCAUCUCGGGACUCAAAAGAGAAUUCCAAAGUUUCUCUGAAAUCAGUAGAUAAUGAACAAAGGUCUUCUAAGUUUAGGAAAGCAGGAUCAAUCACAAGGCCUUCUAGAGCCUCAUCAGCAACUACAAACUUUGGCUAUAGAGUUGAAGAUGAACAUCUUAAAUUGCCUGAUAGAAAAACUGUUGAGGUUGGUCACCAGAUGGAAAUGCAUAAGGAGAUUUCUCCAGGCAUCAUUAUGGACUCCCGAGAGGCCUCUAAAGAAGCAGAGGGGGUACCCAAGGAUGUGGAUGCUACUUAUGUAACCGAGGCACAGAUUGGAAGCAUUUCUGCUCCUCAGGAUUCUCUUGUGUUUGUUUCAACAGCUCUAGAGAAUGGAGAUUCUUUUCCUGAAACUGAAACAUUGCAGCCUGACAACGUAGUCCCAGCAGAGUCGAGUUUCAGCGUACAGAAAAGCUACAGUGAAGUGAAAUUCCAAGCUGAAAAUGCCAUAGAAGUGAAACCAGAUUCUGAUUUCAAACAUGCACAUGCGUGUACUGAAUCAGAGCCACCGGAUGAAAACCCUCUUAUCCCGAAAGAUGCAGUUAGACCAGCAGAAAAAUCCCACAUCAAUGGGCAUUUCACAGAAAUCAAUAACUUGAAUUCUGACCUCAAAUCAACGAGCAAUGGUGGUUGUGAAGUUGCUGUGGAGACUCAUAAACCACCAAAUAAUGUUACCGAGCCCGCGGAGUUCGGCAGAGGCAAGCGUAGGGUGAAAAAGGCUGUCAGGCAAAAGAGAUGGAAGGCUUGAAACCCUACUAAUGUGUUUCUAUUAACCAGUUUGUGAAAGGAACUACUAAGCCAGUGGAUAAAUAGGCUACUGGGUGUAAAGUUUUUUGAAUUUAUAUUAGGAAUCUUGGAAGAAAUAUUGAGGUUAAUUUCAGAAUAUGUAGGAAUUAGCUUUAGUUAUAAGUUAGAAUUUAUAACCCCUCAGCUCCUUAA